AUGAGCAGUUGUCAUCAAUGUGACUGCAAAAGCUUUCAGGCUAAUCCGUUCAAGCCAAAGUACUGUGCGAUAUGUCUACACAACCACACUCAAAGCUCUAGUUCGCUACAGACACUUGUAAAGAACGAUAGUGUGGGCAAUGCAUCCCCUCCUCUUCCAAAGAAGCCUAGCAGCGGUAGCAGUGCAACAAGUGUUCAACCACAACCACUCACCAAAUCCAACUCAUUCUCUUCACUUCCAUCAAAUGGUGGCGGCAACAACAACAAAAAGCCACUACCACCUAAACCACCUGCAUCAUCAUCGUCAUCGACAACAUCUAGUCUUGCAAGCAGUACUGGUAGUGUUGCAAGUAAGAGUGCUAGUUCUAUCAAUGUAUCAUCAUCGUCGUCGGCAAAAUCUACUGCAAGACCAAAAGCACAAGAUUUCACAAAAUCAUCUUCAUCUUCAUCAUCAACUUAUUCAUCCUCUACAAAGUAUAAUACAACUACAUCUGCAUCACCAUCAAGAAAGAAUACAUCAUCUUCAUCAUCGAUUAUGAGUAAGUUGGGCUCUUGGAAGGGCGCCAUUCAAGGAAAGGUGUCAAAUUUGAUGAAUAAUGAUGAAGACGAGACUGAUCAAGUGAUGGAGAUCUCGGGCCCGACCGACUAUAAACACAACACUCACAUUGGCAUUACAAAUACUGGUGUCAUCGAAACAAAGAAUAUUCCAGAGGAAUGGAAACAUAUCUUUAAGAGCGUCGAUCAAGCUCUUAAAUCUACUGGUAGAAAGGGUGUCACUAGAAAGGAAGCUGCUCUCAUUCUCAGUGCUGUUCUAAGUAACCAAGCUGCUGCUGCUGGAGGACAAUCCCCUAACCCAACCAGUCCAACAUUGGCAAAUAAACCAUCCAACUAUAAUAAUAACAACAAUAAUAAUAGUAAUAGUACCAGUAGUUAUAACAAACCAACAACAGUAGCAUCACCAAGUAUAAACAACUAUUAUUCAUCUGUUCAACAACAAAAGCAAUCGACUCCAUCUAGUCCUUUACCAGCAGUACCAACCAAUAACAAUAACAAUAACAACAAUGUACCACCUCCACUUCCACAAAAACCAUCACCUCCAUCUCCAUCUGUUGCAGUUAAUGUAUCGUCGUCACCAUCAUCGUCAUCAUCAAAUCAACAACAACAAGAGAUUCAACAAUUAUUGGAAAAGUUAAGAGCUAGUGAAAGUAAAUAUAGAACAUUAGAACAAACAUUCCAAAAUAGUGAACGUGAGCUUGGGUCGUUGACAACCAAGUACAAGGCGUUGGAGAGUGGCAACCAGAUAUUGGCAAGCGAGCGUAAAAACAUGGAGACUGAAUACAACACGUUGAAGCAAUCGUUGCAAGGCAGCAAAAAGACAAGCGAGUCUGACAAGAAGCCUUUGCUCGACAAGAUUGCUUCGCUCGAGGCUAAGCUUGCCGACUUGGACACUGAGAAGCGUUCAAUGUUGCAGAGCGAUGACACCAAGGACAAGCGAAUCAAAGAGUUGACAGGCAAGCUCAAAGACGUCGAGCAGUCGGCAUUUGACCUCUCAUUGAAAAACAAAGAGGUUCAAAGCGAGUUGGACACAUACAAGACCUCUUUCAAGGCCGAGCAGGGACAGGUCAAGGACCUCGCCGUACAAUUUGUGCAAAAGGAAAAGGACUUGAGAGAGGGCAUUGAAAAGCAGUACAGUGGUAAGCUUCAACAACUCAAGGACGAGUCGGAGCAACUAGCCACCAAGCUACAACAAGCCGAGACCAAGGCCUCAAAGGCCGACGUUGAAUUACAGUCGCGUCAAAGAGACGUAGCUACACUUGCCAAGCAAAAGGACGAGCUCCAAAAGCAGUCUGAUUCCUACCGUGACAAGUGCGACAAGUUUGAAACCGACUUGGACCAACUCCAAUCGACCCUCAAGAACCUCAAGAGCACACAUGCCCAGUCACAGGCUGUCAUGGACUCAACCACCAAACAAACCGAAGAUUUUAACACCCAAAUCAAGACACAGAACCAAACCAUACUCAAACUCAACAACCUCGUCGACGAACAACAAAUUCAACUCGACAAGGUCAAAUCAGAGGCCAACAGUCUUCGUCAACAACUUGCACAGUCACAACAAUCUGCCAACACUCAACAACAACAAUAUGCUCAACAACUCGAAGACACAAAGGCAAAGAUGCAACAACAACAUGCCCAACAACUCGAAGACUCCAAGGCAAAGAUGCAACAACAAAUAUCCACACCACCAGCAUCACCACCAGUUGUACCAAAUGCACCACCCCCUCCACCUCCUCCUGUGGCUCCACCUCCACCACCUCCAACAACCAACACCAACACUGGCAAGGCUCCCGACACCAACAGAGUCGCAUUUUUGGACAGCAUCAAAAAGCCAGACAUUGUUCUCAAGAGUGUUAGAGAUUCAAUGGUCAUCAAAUAUGAUCCAGCCCAAGACGCUGAUCCAAACAAUAUGGUCAACAUUUUGGUAAGAGCUCUCAUUGAUCGUAGAGCUGGUAUGAAUGAAGAAGAAGAUGAUGAAGAAGAUGGCGAUAUGAAUUGGGAUGAUGAUUAA